GGUAUAAAUAUCUGGAGGUGAAAAGCCAGACACUAUUCCCCAGUCCAGCUCCAAUCAGCAACCAUGAAGACCCUCAUCUUCCUCGCUUUCCUGGGAGCUGCUGUCGCUUUCCCCACCAGCAGCGAUGAUGACGAUGACAAGAUCGUCGGGGGCUACACCUGCACAGCACACUCUGUGCCCUACCAGGUGUCCCUGAACUCUGGCUACCACUUCUGUGGGGGCUCCCUCAUCAGCAGCCAGUGGGUGGUGUCUGCAGCUCAUUGCUACAAGUCUUCCAUCCAGGUGCGUCUGGGAGAACACAACAUUAAUGCCAAUGAUGGCUCUGAGCAAUACAUUAGCUCUUCCAAGGUCAUCAAACAUCCCUCGUACAGUUCAUCCACACUGAACAACGACAUCAUGCUGAUUAAACUGAGCAAGGCUGCCACCCUCAACUCCAAAGUGGCCACAGUCGCUCUACCAACCUCCUGUGCAUCUGCGGGAACUCAGUGCCUUGUCUCUGGCUGGGGCAACACCCUGAGCAGUGGCACCAGCAUGCCGUCUCUCCUGCAGUGUCUGAAUGCACCCGUCCUCUCUGAUUCCACUUGCAAGAGCUCCUACCCCAACCAGAUCACUAGCAACAUGUUCUGCUUGGGCUUCCUGGAGGGCGGAAAGGACUCCUGCCAGGGUGACUCUGGUGGCCCCGUGGUCUGCAAUGGAAAACUCCAGGGUAUUGUGUCCUGGGGCUAUGGCUGUGCCCUGAAGAACAAGCCUGGAGUCUACACCAAGGUCUGCAACUACGUGAGCUGGAUUCAGCAGACCAUUGCUUCCAACUAA